GAUACGGAUUGAUUAUUUCCAACUAUAGACGAUAUGCUAUUAAUACUGUGGAUUCUCUUAGCAAGCUGCCACUACCAAACUACCACCGCCCGCCCCUGCCCAUACUCAACUCCUCUAGACGCGGCCACGGCUUCACCGAGCAGCUCUGCCCUGCUCGCUCAGUCGCGCGCGCGCGCGCCCGCCUCAGUCGCCAGCCAGCCAUGGCGCCGGAAUCGGGCCCUGGCUCCUUGGACCCCCUCCUCCCCCGUCGCGCACCGUCCUCGGGCGGCUGGAAGUCCGCGCUGUUCAUAAUCUGGGUGGAGGUGGCGGAGCGGUUCGCAUACUACGGCAUCUCGUCGAACCUGAUCAGCUACCUCACCGGCCCUCUGGGCCAGCCCACGGCGGCCGCGGCCGCGGCCGUCAACGCGUGGUCCGGCGCCGCGUCCAUGCUGCCGCUGCUCGGCGCCGCUGUAGCUGACUCCUGGCUCGGCCGAUACCGCACCAUCGUCGCCUCCUCCGUGCUCUACAUCGCGGGUCUUGGCAUGCUGGCGCUAUCAUCUAUGCUCCCAUUACCUCAAACCCAGCAAUGCAGCGUCUCCUCCGACGGCCGAAGGGUGUGCCCACAUUCCUCGCUCCAGACGGCCUUCUUCUACGUUUCCCUCUACCUGGUGGCCAUCGCUCAGAGCGGGCACAAGCCCUGCGUCCAGGCCUUCGGCGCCGACCAGUUCGACGCGACGGACCCCGGGGAGUCCUUGUCCCGGGCCUCCUUCUUCAACUGGUGGUACCUCGGGAUCUGCGCGAGCGGGACGGUCACGGUGGCGCUCAUGAGCUACGUGCAGGACAACGUGAGCUGGGGCCUCGGCUUCGGCGUGCCGUGCAUGGUCAUGCUGCUUGCGCUCGUCGUCUUCUUGCUCGGCACGAGGACGUACCGGUUCUAUGCCUCGGGCUGCAGCAGUAGCAGGGCCAGCACGUUCUCCCGCGUCGGCAAGGCCAUCGAGGCCUGGAGGAAGAAGUCCCAGGAAGCUGGGUUGGUGGAGGUGGAACACGGUGAGCACGCCGAGAACGCUGCGCUCGCGGAGGAGGUGAAAGGGCUGGCAAGGCUGUUCCCGAUAUGGGCGACGUGCCUGCUCUAUGGCGUGGCGUUUGCCCAACCGGGCACGCUCUUCACUAAGCAGGCGGCGACACUGGACCGGAGGGUCGGGCCGUCGUUCCAGGUGCCCCCAGCGGCAUUGCAGUCCUUCCUCGGCCUUAGCAUCGUCAUCUGCAUCGUGCUGUACGACCGCGUCCUGGUGCCCGUAGCAGGCAGGGUCUCGGGCCUCGCCUCUGGCAUCACCAUGCUACAGCGGAUCGGCACGGGGAUCACCCUAUCGCUGGUCGUGCUGUUGGUCGCCGCGCUGGUGGAGAUGUGGCGGCUGCGAGCAGCGAGGGACGCCGGCCUAGUGGACCAUCCUGGCACAGCGGUUCCCAUGAGCCUGUGGUGGAUCAUGCCGCAGUACAUGCUCCUCGGCGCGGCGGACGUGUUCACCAUGGUUGGUAUGCAGGAGUUCUUCUACGACCAGGUCCCCAGCGCACUCAAGAGCCUCGGCCUCGCGCUCUACCUGAGCGUCCUCGGCGUCGGCAGCUUCAUCAGCAGCUUCCUCAUCACGGCCAUCGAUGGCGUGACGAGGAGGAACGGCUGCACGAGCUGGUUCGCCGAUAACCUCAACCGGGGGCACCUCGACUACUUCUACCUGCUACUUGCCGCGCUCACCGCGUUGGAGCUUCUCGCUUUCACUUAUUUUUCAACGUCCUACGUUUACAGGACAAAGGCAGGCAAUAAUCACUGAUUCAUGGACAGAAGCAUGCAUAUGCAUAUACUAUGGAGUUCAGAUCGUGUAUCACUAUCACAUUUCAUGGUAAUAGUAUUAAUCUUCAGUGUUCUUGCAAAUUAUAAGUUACUACAACAUAACGGGCUGCAUUUAUCCCACAACUAGCACAAUUCUACAGGUUAUUGGGAAAAGUACUCUCAACCUUUGGGAAAUGGUAUUAUAAAAAAAAACUUUGGGAAAUGGUAAUUGCCUGAUGAUGUAUCGAUUCAUGGCCCAAGCACUACAACGACAGUAUCAGUAAGAUUAUAGGGUACAAUAAUGUAAGACUCUGUUGAGCGAGAG